AUCCCCUAGAUUCCCCCCCCCCCUCCCCCCACCUUCGGCUUCUGCACCUCUCCCUCUGGUACAGCCUCCCGCCGAUCGUUCCUCUGCUCUUCACGCUGUCAACGUCGUUGCUACGUCCGCUGCUCCUGGUUGCUUCUUUGCUCUCCUCCGCCGCUUCGUCUUCUUACUGUCGAAUGGUAGAAUGGCCGCGUCGUCGAAGUCGUCGUCCUUAAUGAUAAGGACAUGGAGGACGGCAUUUCUGACGCUGCGGGAUGAAACCCUAACCAGAAGUCCAAAAUCGGAGUCUAAAUCAAUCGGAGAACUUCUUCAUAAUCUCAUCUUUUCCCAUUCCAACUCUCUUAUAUCUGCCGCUCCUGACCUUCCUCCUCACGAGGUAACGUCCGAUUUGUCGUUUCUGCUGGAAUUGGCUGCUAAUUCGUUUGAAUAUGGUGGACAAGAUUCGGACUCCAUUUUUUCUCACAUUUCUCACUUGAUGCAUGAGAUAUGCCAUUGUCAACGUGUUUCUCUUCAAAUAAAUUCUUCGUCUUGGACUCUCAUUCUCAAUUCCUCUUCAACGAUACUGCAAUUCUUCAUCCGCAAAACGGCAGUUGCACCACUUUUUAGUUCUAAUGCUGCUAUCGUUAAAUCCGCCAUGGAAUGCAUAGAAACCAUAAGGCAUCUUGUCAAUGUGCAUCACCAAAGAUUUUCUCUAUCGGAUAAUAUUCAACUUGUAAAAUUCCUCCUUUGCAUUGUCGAGCACUCUCACGCACAGUUGAUUAACUCAUGUAAUAUAAGUGGCAAGCAAAGGUCAUCUGCAGCAACUGGAAAGAGGUUAUCUAAGUACAGUAGUUUAUGGGAGGUUCAGACUGUGGUGUUUACUAUGCUUGGUGGAGCAUUUGUAAGAGUUGGAUCUUCUUUUCCUGCCGACAUAUGGCAAUCUACAAUAAAGGUGCAUAGGAAAGUAAUGGAUUCUUUGGCAUCUAAAAGUUCGCUCGUUGAAGACUUUGUUAUGUCUAGGUUUUAUGCAUCUCUUCUUAAUAGUCUGCACAUGGUUCUUAUGGAUCCUAAAGAUUCUCUUCUUGACCAUGUGUCUAGUUUUGUGGCAACGCUUCGGAUGUUCUUUGUUUAUGGCCUUACCAGUAGAACAGAAUUUUCUUUCCUAGCCAAUAGUCACGAAGAAAAAGAAUUUAGUAAAAUGCGCCUUAAGUUGACUUUAGAAGAAUCUGUGAGGAAAGAUCAUGCUCCAUACAGGCCUCCACACUUGCGCAAAAAGGAAAACAUAAGCAUGAAGCAGCCAAGAAUUCAGGAUUCUGUAUGCAUAUAUGAUCAUGAAUCUUCUGCUACUGAGUUUGUGUCAUCAGAUUCAGAUUGCAGUGACAAUGAUGGAUCAGUGAAGGACACUGAAAGUAUUCAAAACUCUAAGGUUAGAGUUGCUGCCAUUGUUUGCAUACAGGAUCUUUGUCAAGCUGAUAGCAAAUCAUUGACUACCCAGUGGACAGUACUGUUACCAACUAAUGAUGUACUGCAACCAAGAAAGUUUGAAGCUACUCUAAUGACGUGCUUGCUAUUUGACCCUUAUUUAAAGGCACGGAUUGCAUCUGCCUCAACUCUGGCAGUUAUGUUGGACGGGCCUUCAUCUGUUUUUCUUCAAGUUGCAGAAUACAAGGAAUCUACUAGAUGUGGAUCUUUCAUGGCACUUUCAAGUUCGCUUGGGCUAAUGCUGAUGCAACUUCAUACUGGUGUCCUGUACUUGAUCCAGCAUGAAACUCACAAUAGAAUGCUGGGAUCUUUAUUCAAGAUUCUCAUGCUCCUGAUAUCAUCUACACCAUAUUCAAGAAUGCCUGGAGAAUUGUUGCCUACAAUAAUCACUUCUUUGUUAUCGAGGACUGAAAAUGGGUUCCCUUUCAAAAGUGAUCAAACUAGUUUGCUGGCUACUACUAUUAAUUGCUUGACGGCAGCUUUAUCAACUUCACCUCCAUCUCCACAUGUAAAAGAAAUGCUAUUGGAAGAGAUAUCAAUAGGUGGUGUUGGGGGAGGUGGUGUUGAGUCCAAAAAAAGUUCAGGUGUUCUUUCUACACUAUAUCGAUAUUCUGAGCUCCUAACAAACUCAUCAAUGUGCUUUGAAGCUCUCCAGGCCCUUAGAGUUGUUAUACACAACUACCCAAGCGUAGCAUUUGCAUGCUGGGAACAAAUUUCCACCUUACUCCCCAAAGUUUUGAGAGUUGCUGCUCCAGAAGUUCCUGCUAGGGCAUGGAAGGGACAUAUGGGAGAAAAUAUUGGGUUCACUGAGGAAAAAGUCAUAACAGCUGCUAUCAAGGUUUUGGAUGAGUGUCUUCGUGCAAUAUCUGGGUUUAAAGGAACUGAAGAUGUUUUAGAUGAUAAAUUAUUGGAUACCUCAUUUAUAUCUGAUUGCGCAAGGACAAAGAAAGUAUCAUCAGCACCAUCAUAUGGACUGGAGAGUGCAGAAGAUACUAAUGAAGAACCAAAGGCAUUCGAGUCAGGAAGCGAGCAAUGGUCUAUAACUUUAGAGAAUCACAUACCUCUGAUACUGGGCCAUUCUUCUGCCAUGGUGAGAACUGCAUCACUGACUUGUUUUGCGGGCAUUACUUCUUCUGCAUUCAUCUUUCUCUCAAAGGAGAAACAGGAAUUUGUUGUUUCUUCUUUGGUCAAUGCUGCUGUAGAUGAUGAGGUUCCUUCAGUUAGGUCAGCUGCCUGUCGAGCUAUAGGAGUCAUCUCUUGCUUUCCACAAAUAUCUCGCAGUGCGGAGAUUCUUGCGAAGUUUGUCCACGCUGUUGAGAUCAACACUCGUGAUCCCUUGGUUUCGGUGCGAAUAACAGCCUCGUGGGCUUUUGCAAAUAUUUGUGAUUCUCUGCGUCACUGUAUUGAUGAUUUUCCUUUGGACAAGUCGUCAGAUUCAAAUGCAAACUCGCAGUUAAUGGAAUUCUUAGCUGAUUGUGCUUUGCGUCUGACAAAGGAUGGUGACAAGAUCAAAUCCAAUGCUGUCAGGGCUCUUGGAAAUCUUUCCAGGUUUGUCAGAUGCAAAUCAAAAUCGUCAUCAACUGAUGAUCUACUUUUGUUGGAGAGAAUGGUUCAAGCAUUCCUUUCUUGUGUUAUAACUGGGAACGUUAAGGUCCAAUGGAAUGUUUGUCAUGCUCUGAGCAAUCUAUUUCUAAAUGAGACAUUAAGACUGCAAGAUAUGGAUUGGGCUCCAUCUGUUUUUAGCAUUCUUUUAGUCCUUCUACGUGAUUCUUCCAACUUUAAGAUCAGGAUACAAGCUGCUGCUGCAUUGGCUGUGCCAGCUUCAGCGAAUGGCUAUGGUAAAUCCUUCUCAGAUGUUGUCCAAGGUCUGGAACAUAUAAUUGAAAAUCUAGCUUCAGACCAGAUAGAUGUGCCAUCUAGUUUCAAAUACAGGGUUGCACUGGAUAAGCAGAUAACAUCGACCAUGUUGCAUGUGCUUAUCCUUGCUUCGACUGCUGAUCACCAACCUUUGAAAGAUUUCCUUGUGAAGAAAGCCUCAUUUCUGGAGGAUUGGUUGAAGGGUUUGUGCACCACACUAGGGGAGACCAGUAGGCCUGAGGCUGAAAGGCAAAAGAAACAGGUGAUAUCCAAGGCAAUACAUUCGCUCAUUGAAGUGUAUGGGAGCGACAACCAUCAGGCAAUUGCACGGAAAUUUGAGAAAUUGAACAAUAGCAUACAGUGAAUGACAAAAUUAGCCGUCAUGUUUUUGUACAUUUCUUUUGGUUGGAUUGAAUAGUUCCAAUCUAUGGGUAGUAAUAUAAUAGUAGUAUAAUUAGUUAA